CAAACAGCAUGAAUGAAAAGUGGCUGAAAACCAACACAAACUGUCAAAAUGUGUUUUUUAAAAGGGGGGUCUGAGUGUUUUCUGGGAGGAGUUAGAAGUUACUGUCUCCAGCUGGUCUCUCCUCCUCGGAACAUUUCAGUCAGGCUGCAGGCUGAGGACGGUGGGAGGCUCGGGUGUGUGUGAUGAAUGAGAACUGGAAAACACACACCGUCUCCAUGUUUCUCCUCAUCCUGAUGUGAUAAAUCUGCAUCAUAUUUGUCACAUUCUGACAAUGAAAUCAGGUGCAGCAGAGGAGCUCGGACUCGCAGCGACUUCUUGCGACUUUUCAUCGAGUUUGGAGGAGCUGAGAUGAAGAGCGCAGCCUGAAGCUUUCCCCACUGAACACACGAGAGUGGAGAUCUCCAGGUGGUCGUCAUGUCUCUGUGGAUGAUCCUCCCUGUCAGCCUGCCUGUCUUCACCAUCGCUGGAAUAUGGGUUGUAUAUGCGAUGGCCCUGUACAACCAGCACGUCUGUCCUGUGCAUAACUGGCUUUAUAAUGAGUCAUGUGAGGAGCAGCUUCCAUUACAGAGGGGUCCUGUUCUGUGCUGCACCCUGGACAACAUACCACUCAUCAGUAAAUGUGGAACUCUCCCACCUGAAAGCUGCUUUUUCAGCCUCAUAUGCAGCACUGGCUCCUUCAUGGUGAUGCUGAUUGGCCUGCUGCGUUACGCUCAUGUGAUAGAGAAGAACCAGAACUGUAUUCUCAACACGGCCGGCCUGUCCAGCGCGUGGAUCUGUGCUGCUGGGCUCAUCAUGGUGGGAAACUUCCAGGUGGAUUUUGCCAAAGUCCUCCACUACGUUGGGGCCGGAGUAGCCUUCCCCUCCAGCAUGCUGUUUGUGUGUCUUCAGUCGGCUCUUACCUACAGACUGGCCAAGACCCAGGAGGAGUACCGAAUGGGUCACUUACGUGUUGGGAUGACCCUGCUGGCGCUGAUCGCCUUGGUGCUCAGUGGAGUUUUCUUUUGCCAGGAGAGCUUCACCCUGCAGCACGCCUCUGCCGUCUUUGAGUGGAUCUACUGCAUGCUCAUAAUGCUCUUCUACGGGACUUUUGCCUUUGAGUUCGGGGGCAUGUCGGGGGACACCCUGAUGGUCCUGUCCAGAGGAGGGGGAGUACAGAGCUUCUCCACAUCUGAACACAAGACAGAGGUGGGCGGCGGCUCCAACCACCACCAGCCUGAGAGCUUAUCGAUUCUGUAACCAAACUUCAGUGUGCUUCAGCAUCCCUGGAGGUCAAAGGGCAACAUACAUGGGCCAAUCUGGAAGACACCAACAUAUAGUCUAGAGCCUGGAAGCUGCAUCCUGCAUAUCCUUACUCUCAGUUUUGCACAUAGCCAUUGUGCCAAAGCUUUUCUGCUCAGCAGUGAUCAAAGAUUCAGACUUUACAGACUUGUCCUGCUUUGUAAAAGCGCAGGCCUCACUGCAAAACAUUGCACAAUAUUGUAAGUGCCUUUCUGAAAUACAAAGGCCACCAAAGAGAUAUACAUGUACACUCACGCACACAGUCCUUGCUGUUUGUUUUAAUUCUCUUACUGAAACAAUCACUCUCUGAAUUCCUGGCAGAAGUGGCCUUUUAUCAGAUUGAAUGUCCUGGAAAGGCCUUGAUGUCGCUCCUUGCCGAGCAGAAAGCGGUUUGUUUAAACAUUCAGACACCAAGAUCUUAAUUGUUUACUCAGGAAGUUUGUUACAUAAUCAGCUUUCCCUCACUAGUAAGGUGAAGUUUUCCAAAAAAAACUUACAAUAGAUGGAGAGUUGCUGUGUGCCAAGAAUAAUUUGUUAAAUUCAGUGUGGGUGAAAUGUUAUUAAAACAUUUUUUUUAUGUCCCAAAAUAUGUCGGUUCUUGUUGGACAGUUUUUAAUGUUUUUCUAAGUGUAUCUUCAAGUUAUGAUAUCCAAAGAAACUUUAUGACAAUAUGGACCAAGUAGCUGCCUCGUAUUGCACAGAUAAGCUCUGUUGUAUAUUUUGUUGUAUCAACUCUUGCAUUAUUGCUCUCAGUUACAAUGACACUUACAGUUUCAAUGGGACCAAACUAUUCAGUAGAGAGGAAUGUUGUCAUGCUGGAUUUGAUAAUAUACAGAAAUACUUUUCCAAAAAAAGAAUUCAUAAAUGUAUGCAUAGAACAAAAGAAUUAAAGCAAAGUGGUGGGAAAAGAUGA